AUGAAUUCUACAGGAACUAGUGAAGACCUGUCUACAUUCAAUGCAUCCACGACCCCCAUGACUCAGAACAGAAUUGAGUACAACUUCAUCCGAUGCAUCCUGCUCAGUAUAACAACAAUUCUACUUCUGACCCUCAACCCGCUGUGUCUUGUGGUCCUGAGGCACGUCCGCAGCAUCCAGGAAACAACCAAGAUAUUCCUCAGAUCCAUGACGGUUGCUGAUCUCGGGGUGGGACUCUUCCGGGCUCUCCCAAUGACUGUGUUAGUGAUUUCUGAGACUGAGCAUAUCGGUGAUGCGCUUUGCAAAGUGCUGUCGUUUGUCGACAGCAUCCUACUCUUUAGUCCCCAGAUGUCACUCCUGCUGCUAACUGUGGAUCGCUACAUUUCAGUGGUGCAUGCGCUGCGCUACCCAUCUCUUGUAACUGUGAAGCGGGCUUGCAUUUCUGUCUGUUGCAUGUGGGGAGUAGUUGUUUUGAUGAUAACAGUAUACGGAUUUACAUCACACAGGAAACCUGCAUACAUCAAAUAUAUCCCAGCGUGUAUGUUUCAACCAAAUUCCUCUGAGCCAUAUGUACAAAUAGUCUAUUCAACCAUAGCAGUCGGCACUCUGUUAGUUAUUCUCGCAGCAUAUGCACGACUGUUCAUGAUAUCACGACACCUAGCAAGAGCCAUCCAAGUCGAAAACCAGAUCGCUCAACCAGGAAACCCUGCCGUGAGGCCAGACAACAAGGCCCUUAAAACAGUCCUCAUUAUAGUUUUGACUGCAUCUGCUGCCAACCUUUUGCCAGUCUGUGCAAUACUACUCUUAAAAGGUCCACACCCAAUUGCACUCCUGUUCACCUAUGUGCUGCCUGUCCUGACAAACAGUUGGCUUAACGUGGUCAUCUAUUAUCUCAGAAACCAAGAUUUUCGUCGAAUGACCCAUGAUCUGCUGAUAUCUAACUACCGAUCUUGUAAACGCUGCAUGCCAUUUGCUGCAAACUGA